CAUUCCCUUUUAAAGCUUUCCAAAAUAAAGGGACAAAAUGGGGGAACAAAUUUCAAAAUUUUAAUUUUCGAACACAAAUUUCGCUUACUUUGACUGCUGCUUCCUCUCUCACUUCUUCACUUGCUGAGACUCCGAGGCUAAGCAACACAGAGAAAGAGAGGGAGACAUGAUGGAGGAGGGAUCAGGUGGGGGCAGGAGUAACUACAACCACAUGAACGAUGCCAAAAAUGAACGGCGGGUAGGCUUAAUUUACGAUCAGAGGAUGUGUAAGCAUCGAACUCCUUAUGGCGAUGAUCAUCCCGAGAAACCUGAUCGAAUCACUGUUAUAUGGAACAAGCUUGAACUCGCCGGCAUUCCGCAAAGAUGUGUGAUUUUAAAUGCAAAAGAAGCCAAGGAUGAAUAUAUUUGCGCUGUUCACUCCAAAAACCAUGUUAAUCUGAUUCGAAAUAUAAGCUCCAAAGAGUAUUCAAAGCGAAAUCGGAUUGCUUCCAAGUUAAAUUCUAUAUAUUUGAAUGAAGGAUCAUCAGAGUCUGCAUACCUUGCAGCCGGCUCUGUCAUUGAGGUUGCUGAGAAAGUGGCAAAAGGGGAAUUGAAUUCUGCUUUUGCUAUUGUUAGGCCACCUGGACAUCAUGCUGAAUAUGAUGAAGCAAUGGGGUUUUGUUUAUUCAACAAUAUAGCCAUAGCAGCAAGUUUUCUACUUGAUCAAAGGCCUGAACUUGGUAUAAACAAGAUUUUGAUAGUUGAUUGGGAUGUUCAUCAUGGUAAUGGUACUCAAAAAACUUUUUGGAGUGAUCCUCGUGUUCUUUUCUUUUCUGUUCACAGACAUGAGUUUGGUAGGUUUUACCCUGCUAAUUUUGAUGGGUUUUACACCAUGGUUGGAGAAGGGCCAGGUGCAGGAUAUAAUAUAAAUGUCCCUUGGGAGAAUGGCCGCUGCGGGGAUGCUGACUAUCUAGCAGUUUGGGACCAUGUUUUAGUUCCUGUUGCUAAGGAAUUUAAUCCUGACAUAAUUCUAGUGUCUGCAGGGUUUGAUGCAGCUGUUGGUGAUCCUCUAGGGGGAUGUCGGUUAACACCUCAUGGAUAUUCAGUUUUGUUGAAGAAGUUGAUGGAUUUUGCUCAAGGUAGGAUUGUCUUGGCACUAGAAGGAGGAUACAAUCUUGAUUCUCUUGCAAAUUCAGCCUUAGCUUGCAUGGAAGUUUUGUUAGAAGACAAACCUAUUUCCGAAUUGUCUGAGGCAUAUCCAUUUGAGUCUACAUGGCGAGUAAUACAAGCGGUUCGUCAGAUGUUGAGUGCAUACUGGCCAACAUUAGCAGAUAAACUGCCCACAAAAUUGACUGAUCAAAAAGCUCCUCCUCAUAUUUUACUAUCAAGCUCUGAAUCUGAUGAUGAGGAUGAUGAUGCUUCGAAAAUCAUUUCAAAAGACCUAGUUCAAGCUAUUGCGGAUGUUGUAGAACCCAUUUUGAAUUUGAAGAUUGAAGAUUAUCAUGGUAAUGAAGUGAAGAAUGAAGUAAACAGUGCCCUGUGGAGAUCAAAGCUAUCCAAGACUGACAUUUGGUAUGCCGGUUUCGGAUCAAAUAUGUGGAAGUCAAGGUUCCUCUGCUAUAUCGAAGGUGGACAGGUCAUAGGCAUGAAAAAGCUGUGUUCUGGUUCUGUGGAUAGAAACCCUCCAAAGGAGACUCGCUGGAAAACUUUUCCUCAUCGUCUUUUCUUUGGUCGUGAUUUUACACAAACUUGGGGUCCCGGAGGGGUUGCUUUCCUUGAUCCUCGAAGCAACAGUGAAGAUAAAGCAUACAUGUGCCUCUAUAAGAUCACGUUAGAGCAGUUCAAUGAUGUUCUGCUGCAGGAAAAUGUUCCUGAUCAUGACAUGAAUUCUCCUUUAUUUGAUCUAAAUGCUUUAGACUCGAUACUCAAUGAAGGUUCAAUUCCUGUGGAGGCUGUCAAGAGAGGUUGGUACCAUAAUGUUGUCUACCUUGGAAUGGAGGAUGAUAUACCUAUACUGACUAUGACGUGUCCCCUCUCUGCGAUGGAAAGCUUUAAGUCGGGAGAGAUUCCUUUAUGUGCUCCUAGCAAAGAUUAUGCUGACACCUUAGUAAGAGGCCUUGUUGAAGGCAAACAACUUUCGGAAGAGGAGGCGACAACUUACAUUCAGGUGGCAUCCACCAAACCCUUAUGAUUGCUUAUUGCAACUCUUUGUUGCCAUAUUUUAGAUGCAAAUUUCUGAAGUAGCCAUUAAUGGUACAGAGUUAAGCCAUUCUUGUCCCAACAAUUGACAAUAGAUGAUAGGGUAAUCUCCUGCUAUUAUGUGUGAUAUUGAUCCAUUGUGUAUUUAAUUGGUAUUUAAGCAGCUGUAUAACUAACAAAUAUUCUGAUUGUAUGUUAUCCGAAUUCAAGUGAGGGUUGGAUUAGAGCA